AUGUCCGGACCAUUCCCAUUAGUCGAAGAUAAACUUAAAGGAGUUCAAAUCCUUGCACCAAUCCCGGCCAACGCUAAGCACAUUUUCAGUGGUGAAGCAUUGGCAUUUGUCGCAACUUUACAACGUGCUUUUGGUGGUGAAAGAAAGAGAUUGUUAGCCAACAGAAAAGAGCAACAAAAACUUAGAGACCAGGGUGUUUUGCCAGACUUUUUACCAGAAACCAAGUACAUCAGAGAUGACCCAACUUGGACAGGUCCUCCAUUGGCUAAGGGUUUACAAGACAGAAGAGUUGAAAUUACUGGUCCAACUGACAGAAAGAUGGUUAUCAAUGCCUUGAAUUCUCCUGUUGCCACCUAUAUGGCUGAUUUCGAAGAUUCCUUGACUCCAGCUUGGAAUAAUUUGGUUGACGGUCAGGUUAACUUGUACGAUGGUGUUAGAAGAAACUUGUCAUUUGAAAGCAACGGUAAGAAGUAUAAGUUGAAUCUUGAUCCAAAGAGACACAUUCCAACUUUAAUUGUCAGACCAAGAGGAUGGCACUUGGAAGAAAAGCACGUCUUGGUUGACGGUGAACCAAUCUCCGGUGGUAUUUUCGAUUUUGCUAUAUACUUCUUCAACAGUGCUAAGGAAUCCUUAGCUCAAGGGUUCGGUCCAUACUUUUACUUACCAAAGAUGGAACAUCACUUGGAAGCCAAGUUAUGGAAUGAUAUCUUCAACUUUUCCCAAGAUUACAUUGGAUUGCCAAGAGGUACAAUCAGAGGUUCUGUUUUGAUUGAAACAUUACCAGCUGCCUUCCAAAUGGACGAAAUUAUUUACCAAUUGAGACAACAUAUUGGUGGAUUAAACUGUGGUAGAUGGGAUUACAUUUUCUCAUACAUUAAGUCAUUGAGAAACCAUCCUGAGUUUGUUUUACCAGAAAGAGGACAAAUUACCAUGUCUGUUCCAUUUAUGGCAUCUUACGUUAAAUUGUUGGUUCACACUACCCACAAGAGACAAGUGCAUGCUUUAGGAGGAAUGGCUGCCCAAAUUCCAAUUAAGGAAGAUCAAGACCGUAAUAGAAAGGCUUUGGAAAAUGUCGCCAAGGACAAGUUAAGAGAAGUCAAUGCUGGAUGUGAUUCCUGUUGGGUUGCUCACCCAGCAUUAGUUCCAGUUGUAUUGAAGGUUUUCAACGAACACAUGAAGGGACCAAAUCAAAUCAAUGUUCCACCAAAGACUCCAUAUAAGCCAAUCACCGCAAGAGACUUGUUGAGUCCAUAUGUUCCAGAUGCUAAGAUAACCGAACAAGGUAUCAGAACCAACAUAAUCAUUGGAUUAUCAUACAUCGAAGCAUGGUUAAGAAACAUUGGAUGUGUUCCAAUUAACUACCUUAUGGAAGAUGCUGCUACUGCUGAAGUUUCCAGAACUCAAAUUUGGCAAUGGGUUACCCACGGUUCCCAAACCGACAAGGGCGUUACCAUUACCAAGGAAUUGGUUUCCAAGUUAUUGAACGAAGAAGCCGCCAAGUUAAGCAAGUCUGCACCUUCAGGUAACAAAUUCAAGCAAGCAUUGGAAUACUUCAGACCAGAAAGUUUGGGUGAAAAGUACUCUGAUUUCGUCACCACCUUGCUUUAUGAUGAUGUUACCACCAUUGGCAGACCAAUUGCUGCUGAUAAAUUAUAA